AUGCGUGGAGAAGUCUGCCACCUGCACAUUGGGCAGGCAGGGACCCAGCUGGGCAAUGCCGCUUGGGAAUUAUAUCUUCUCGAGCACGGCCUCAAGGCUGAUGGACGCCCUGAUCCCGACGCCAACGUCGGCGAUGCUGGAUCGUUCGAGACCUUCUUCACCGAGACUGGCAACAAUAAGCACGUUCCGCGUUCCAUCUUCGUUGAUCUCGAUCCCUCCCCGAUCGACGAAAUCCGCACCGGUGCCUACAGACACCUCUUCCACCCCGAACUCCUGAUCAGUGGCAAGGAGGACGCCGCAAAUAACUAUGCAAGAGGCCACUACACCAUUGGUAAAGAGCUUGUUGACGAUGUCUUGGACAAGAUCCGUCGCGUUGCCGACAACUGCACUUCUUUGCAAGGCUUCUUGAUCUUCCACUCGUUUGGCGGUGGUACCGGCUCUGGCUUUGGAGCUCUCCUCCUUGAGAGAUUGUCUGUCGAUUACGGAAAGAAGUGCAAGCUGGAGUUCGCCGUCUACCCUGCCCCUCAAGUCUCUUCCUCCGUGGUUGAGCCGUACAACGCGGUCCUCUCUACCCACAGCACCAUUGAGCAUGCUGACUGCACCUUCCUGGUCGACAACGAGGCCGUGUACGAUAUCUGCCGUCGCAAUCUGGACAUUCCUCGACCAGACUACGAACAUCUCAACCGCCUCAUUGCCCAAGUCGUCUCUUCUGUUACCUCCAGCUUGAGAUUUGAUGGUGCUCUCAACGUUGAUUUGAACGAGUUCCAGACGAACUUGGUGCCAUAUCCUCGCAUCCACUACCCUCUCAUCAGUUACGCACCCGUUGUGUCCACCAAGCGCUCCUCUCACGAAAGCUUCAAAGUACACGACCUCACUUUGCAGUGCUUUGAACCAAGCAAUCAGAUGGUUGUUUGCGAUCCGCGUAACGGCAAGUACAUGGCUGUCGCACUUCUCUACCGUGGAGAUGUGGUGCCUCGUGACACCAACGCUGCGAUUGCUUCUCUCAAGGCCAAGUCCAGCUUCCACUUGGUCGAUUGGUGUCCCACCGGUUUCAAGGUCGGCAUCAACUACCAGCCUCCUAUGCCCGUCCCAGGUGGUGAACUCGCCAAGGUUGAUCGCUGUGUUAGCAUGCUCUCCAACACCACUGCCAUUGCCGAGGCCUGGAGCCGACUUGACCACAAAUUCGACCUCAUGUACUCCAAACGUGCCUUUGUUCACUGGUAUGUGGGUGAGGGUAUGGAAGAAGGUGAAUUCUCAGAAGCCCGUGAAGAUCUCGCUGCGCUGGAGAAGGAUUAUGAAGAGGUCGCCAGUGACAGCCUGGAAGCCGAGGAUGAUGGUGGCGUCGAAUACUAA